AAACCCAAGCUUCUCUGUGAAAUUUCACCACUACAAUCCCUAGGAAAACGAGCUUCACAUGAUUGUUGAUGGGGGGAGGUGGAAGAAGAGAAUAGAGUCCAAGGUUCAUGAUUGGUCCGAAGCAACAGUAGUUGGGCUGGCCAAGUUACAGGAGGUGCUGCAGAGACCAGUGUCCUGGACUUUAGAAAGCUUUUCUCAUCUUUGCUUGCUUUUUGCUCCUGUACCUGUUGCAAUGAGCCUGGAGCUUUACUUGGAUCUAAUCUCUCAGCCUUGCCGAUCUGUCUACAUCUUUGCCAAGAAAAAUGGCAUUCCUUUUGAGUUCAAGCGUGUGCUGUUAUUCAAAGGGCAACACAAGGCUGAAGAGUUUGGCAAGGUGAACAUCCUCAGGAAAGUGCCAGCUCUGAAAGAUGGUGACUUCACCUUGGCAGAGAGCAUUGCUAUCCUUUUGUACCUAACAAGGAAAUUCAAAACCCCAGAUCACUGGUACCCCUCUGAUCUGCAGAAACGAGCCCGUGUGGAUGAGUAUUUGUCUUGGCAGCACAUGGCCAUUCGUUUGUGUGGAACCAAAGUGUUCCUGAUCAAGGCUUUAGCACCCAUUUUUUUGGAUGAGCCACUUCCACCUGCCAAGUUAAAUGGUGCUCUUGAAGAUCUGAAUGGAGUUCUAAAGCAGUUUGAAGAGAAAUUCCUCCAGGACAGGCCGUUCAUCGUAGGCAAUGAGAUGUCUUUGGCAGACCUGGUGGCCAUUGUGGAACUCAUGCAGCCUGUAGGAAGUGGUUGUGAUGUCUUUGAAGGAAGGCCCAAGAUGGCAGCAUGGCGCCACCGAGUAGAAGAAGCCAUUGGCAAGGACCUUUUCCUGGAAGCCCACGAGCCACUCUUAAAGCCCAAGGAUGUGACUGCAGAGAAUCUCCCUCCUGAAGUAAAGGAGCAGCUGAAGCAAAAUCUGCUAAAGUAUCUGAAAUGAAGCCCCAGGAGGGGCAACUCUCUCAAUAAAGCACUUGGUCUUCUCUGUA